ACAUAGAGAUAAUGCUUUGAAUCAUUUCGGAUCUACUUAUCUGGAGUACGGUUUCAACUCUCAAGUGAAUACCGCCCCCCGCAGUGGAAAAAUUCAAUUGCUCCCGAUGGCUCUGUGUCCAGUGAUACAUUAAUUAUUAUUUUAUCGCGGUGGUCGAUGUAAACGAUUAUCUUCGACAGGUAUAUUUUAACUAGUUUUACCACAGAUUAUCGGCGUUGUGGUUAUGGUGGUUAUGUUGUGUGGUAGCUCACGGAGGACAAUUGGAAUGUUAUCAUCACGGAGUAUCGCUGAUUGACUCUUGUGCGUCGUCGUCCUAUUUAUUUAUUUUUUUUUCACCUUUUGUUGCGAUUAUAGUGAAUCCUUGACAUUUAUAUCGUUAAGCUUCGACUAUUGUUGUUCAAUCUAAAUGUAAGCAUCAUUUUAUAGGCUCUUCGUAUGAUGUCAGCUAUAGUCCCCGGGGCGAAUAAUUUGUCAGAAACCACUCCAGAAUGCGAUCAUGUAACCGACAGACAAAAACUACAAGAGGACUUGUUGGCUGCUGCUAAAAAAUGCCAUCUCAGAUUCGGCGGACGAGCAGAAUUGGCCACUGAUUCUGAUGCUUGUGUUAAUCUCUUAUGUUACAUGUUUGAGUCGAUUUUUAAUCAUGGAUUACGUGCUAAUCGUACAGAUAAAUUAAAUUCAGCACUUAGGCACGUUUCAGACUUAGUGUCAGGUGGCUUAUACAAAACUAGUAUAGCCCAAGAGGCAACAUUCUGGCCUUGCAUUAGAGAACAGCUUACUUGGCACGAACAAGAGCGCUUCAGUGUGCUCAGAAAAGUUUGCACAGAUUUGGGACGAGGUAGAGCAUGGCUCAGAGCUGCUUUGAAUGAGAAAUCCCUUGAGAGACAUUUGCACUCUAUAAUCAGUCCCGAAAACUUAUCCCCCUUUUACGAAGAUUGGGCAUUUUUAUUAGACCAAGAAAGAUCCUCAGUCCUACCUAAUGUAGCUGCAGGUCUGGGGACAAUAUUAUUUGCUAUACGGAUAGAUAAUGAGAACCUUGAUGACUACAAUAAGGAAGGACAAAUUGCAGGUUGCAGUAUAUCACAGUCGGAACCAAUUAUUCCAACAAUACUUCCAGAUUCUUCCAAAAUUGAUCACGAAAAACGCAAGAAAAAGGUACGCACUCAUAUAAUCUCAUUUGAUGAUGACGACAACGGUCAGGAAAGCGAAAUUAUAAACGUGGACGUGUCUGUCAGUGCACCUCCGACUUGUUUAAGUUCACCAACUAUGACGUCGGUCAAAGACUAUUUGCUCGAAGGUCAGCCUGAUUCCGAUGGUUCAACUGUUGAGCAAAAUAACACAACGUUUGAAUGGCAAAAUGAGUCCGUAGAAGAGGAAAGAGUUCUGACUCCCUUAACUGACGUUGGAAGUAUGCGGGGACUAGUGCCAGUAUCACCUACCGAGGAGCCAAAUCUCGAGGACUUACUCGUCACCCCUCCAAGUUACUCCGAUGAUUUACAGGAAGUGACAGAGGCUGCGGUAGAAGCUAUUGAACCACCAACUGGUUUAGAAAUACAGAAAGAUAUGGAGAAUCUUGAUAUUGAGACUCUACGCAUCAGGCUACUUGCCUUAGCUGAACUACUCGACCAAGCUAAAGAAGAUGCGACAGGCAGUAGAUUACAGCUGGCCCGUUUUCAGAGGCAACACCAGGAUCAAGUUGAGAGGCAUGAUUUGCAGCUGCAAGCAUUGCACAGAGAAAAUCAAUUGCUCAGGCAACAACUGAGAAAGUAUGUCACCGCAGUUCAAAUGCUUCGAAGAGAUUCCGACUCUACUACCGUGUCAGAAGAAGAUCAUUCAUUAGAUUAUCAUAACGAGGCACAACAAUAUCAAGAUAAACUGGUGCAAGUAGCCGAAAUGCAUGCAGAACUAAUGGAAUUCAAUGCCAGACUGACUAUGCAAUUAACUAACAGGGAUAGGCUGGUCAAAUUACUGCAAGCCGAAUUGGAAUGCCUUCGAGGACCAUUGAGUGAAGAUGGACUGCCAAUGGAACCACCCUGUCUCAUACAUAUAUGGGUGCCAUCUGCUUUUUUGACUGGGCAAUCAUCGGAUAUUCAUCAUGUUUACCAGAUAUACGUACGUAUUAGGGACACGGAAUGGAAUAUCUACAGACGGUAUGCGCAGUUCUACUCACUUCACAAAGAACUCAAAAAACACGAUGCUAUCGUGACAACGUUUGAAUUCCCUCCCAAAAAGACAAUAGGAAACAAAGACGCUAAAUUCGUAGAGGAGCGACGUCUAAGGCUACAGCAAUGGUUAAGAAGAGUUGUUGGCCGGUUAGCUCAUUGUUCUCCAGCAUUUGCGGCUAGACCAAGCAGACAAACUCUUGUAUCGUUGAUGCCUUUUUUUGGUGAUCUUCCAAACAACGACGAUUCAAGAAAAAAAGGAAAUUCGACGAGAAACACGUUCUCAACGUCACCUCAGUAUACAGGACUAUAAUUAAUACGUAUACCUAGAUAAUUUGUACAUAACAUAACGAAUUCAUAAUUUACAUAUAUUUGACUACUGUUCGUAAUGGAAAAUAUUUGAAAAUUGGUGUUUUAUACAAAGGCGAAUCACCUACAUGUUUUCGAUAGUUAUACUAAAGAGGAUACACUAUAUUUUAUUGCUUCUGUUUUCUAUUGAUUAAAAACACAGUGACCCCAUGCACUUAUCAGAUAUUUUAUGUUUAAUUUGUAUUUGUGGUUUCAACUCUAAACGUAGUUCUUGCAUCAUGUAUAAUUUACAAAGUCCCAUGCUACCACACAUAGGUUUUACAGAAUAAAGGCCUGUGUAAAUUUUAACUGCCCAAUAUCUAACUGAUUUUUUUUACGUUUCUCCUAAAAGAAGGAUAAUAAUUUAAUAAACAAGUGUUUACAAGUUUUGCUACUAUUAAACACAUGCCGCGUAAGAUACGUUACAUUCCAGCAUUAGAGUUACGUCAACUCUUUAUUUUUAGUCUGUCUCAUCUCGUCUUGUUGAUAGGUCGUUAAAGAGUUUGUAAAAAUUAUUACCGCGUUUUCCUGGUAGUCGAAACAACAACUGCGUAACUUCUAUUACCGCAAUUAAAUUAUUCCAUUAGAAAAAAAUACCAAAAAACAAAAAAAAAUUGUAAAUAUACAAUAUUAUAUAAACCACCAGAGUGGAGUGCUUAAAUGGAUGUCCCGACGAGGCGAACCCUCUAUAUAAUUCGCUCGAUCUUCGGCCAACAGAGGACGAACUCUCGAAGUAUCGCUUGUUUAUUCUAAUAAACAAAUCAAAGCACCCAAAUUUGAUUAUAACUAUAAUAAUUCAAUUAAAAAAUGUCACGGAAGUUACAAUAACUGGCUAUAUUAGCAAUUUCAUUCUUCAUAAUUUCUGGUCAAGUCCCCCCACGCGGUGCUUUUGGAAAUGAUUCAGUUCAAAGCUCAUAAAUUAGAAAAGAAACUAAAACCAAUUGAAUUUAACAAAAUGAAAUGAAAUUGUUGAAUGUAGUAUGAAACAGUACAUUGGCACUUGCCCUAACGAGAUGUAGCCACGAACAAAAUAAUAAUAAUAAUAAUAAUAAUGAACCAGACUGUUAUUUAAAUUAUCGAUAUAAUAUAUGUUGUCUAUUAUUAUGAUACGAGUUUUUGUAAUCAGUAUUUUGGUUUUGUAUGAAUAUCAUAUUAAAUAUAAUACAAAUGGUAAUAACGGCGUUGACGAUAAAACACGAUUUAGAAUGAGAAAAAAAAAAACGAGACAAAGUGGUACAUAAAAAUAAUAUACAUCACAAAAUUCCAUGAAAUUGGUCAAUUUUAUUUAUUAUUUUUUUUUCCUCCAUUUUUUCAAUCAUUUUCUUCUCUUUAUGUAAGGCGACUUAAUAGUAAUAUAAAAAGGUACACUUUUUUCAUUUAAAUAUCAUACUUUAUGAUAAAAAAUAAAAGUGCAUAAUUGUUAUUAUUAUUGGAACAAGUACAUACAUUUUUAUGCUGAUAAAUAAUAAUGAUAAAACUAAUUGUAUAUAAAGAACCAUACGUUUAACAAGUUGCGCAGAAAAGUCCCACUAUGGAGAGGUAAGGUCAAACGCUGCUUCUGAGAUCAAAGGAUACUACAUAUUUGUUUACCUGUAAAGUAUAUGAAAAUGAAUUUUUGUGACCGGUGGAUCGAUUCUUCUACUUAUUCAUCAUUAUUCGAUAGUCAUACAAGUAAAUUAAAUAAAGCAAUGACGAAUUGUUGUUGUUGUUAUUAUUAUUAUUAUUACAUAAUAUAAGUAUGAAUCAAACUAAGCUCACCUUUCCAUAUUGAGAUUAAAGGUUGCGUAGAAUAUAAUACCAGUGUAUAUUAUCCUUAUUAUUAUUAUUGUUGUUGUUAUUAUUAUUAUUAUUAUGUGUAACUAAUGAAUACAAAAAGAAACUCUCGUAAGGCUAUAUGUUAUACGAACUAUGUUGCAUCACCGUUUUUUAUUCUCAUUUAACAUUGCGUCAGUAUAUGAAAAUUUGUUUGAGUACUUGUAAAAAGGUGAUUCUUUCUGGUUGUUUUCUUUAUUUUUUUCAUUCAUUUCUUAACCAGCGUAGUGUCAAGUUGAAAACUGAAAUUAUUCUAUCUAUCUAUCUAUCUAUCUAUCUAUGUAUCUAUCUACCUAUCUAUCUACCUAUUUAAAAAAAGAAAACUAUAGUACAAGUACAUACAUUAUAUUAUUGUAAUAAUAUGCAAAAAUUGGGAAAAAAAAACAAAAAUAUUAUAAAAAUUAGAAUGGAAAUACAAAAAAUAUUAGAUAAUAGGUGAAGGCUUGAGUGGAAAGUGGCGAAUAAGAGAGUAUUUUUUAUUAGGUAUGUUGCAUUUAUACAUUAUUCUAUACACAUAUACGUAUAUAUAAAUAUACAUAUGUAUAUACACGUAUAUAAGUACGUAUACGUGUACGGUGAAAGAAAAAAAAAGAAAUAAUCUUUCCGCUUUACUAACAAAGCGAUUAUUAAAAUUAUUAAAAUUAAGAAAAAGAAAAAUUUUAAAAUACCCGCAGAUCUACUUAUAAUACAUGGUACAGAAUGUAAAAAUUAUAAUUAUUUAUUUUUUUGUUUGUCUGUUUUAAAUACUGUAUUUUAUCAAUAUUAUUUAUGCAUUACUUUCUGUAUUUUCAACUGGUUCUUGUCGAAUAUAAGCUGUUUUUUUUUUAAUUUUUUUUUUUUUUUAUCGUCACUUGUUGACUAUCCUUUUUAUACCGAGUUAAAUUUAGUAGCUAAACUGUCUCAAGUCUCUCUUUACUUUUCACAAAACUGCAGGUACUUUAAAAAUAAAAAAUAUAUGAAAAAUCUAGUGUUCGCUACAUGUAUCAAAAGCCAUUGUACAAUACUGCUGAAAAUGUAUGUUUUCCAUGAAUUGUCAUCAUUAAACACGUCAAGCAGCAUUAUUGUAGAGGGGUUUAAUGCAAACUAAUAUGACACAUGAAUAAAACAUAAAGACAUAUAGCAAUCUCAAAACGAUUUACGGCUCUGCAAACUUAAGAGUGAAAAAGACGUGUCAGGGUUGUACAAUAUAUACAUUAUAUUGGAAAACCAAUCGAAUCGUUUAAAGAGAUAAAAAAAAAUGAAGGAAAUUUAAAGAAACGUUCAAACUUAGUGCAAAUAAAUUUUUUGGAAAAAAACGUUUCUACAUGUAUAAGUAAAUGCUUCGUCGAAAUUAAGUCAAACGAUUUUAUUAAUAGUAAAA